AUGUUGCUAGGAAAGGUAUUAAAACACACCUAUAUUGGUAAUGAUAAAAUUCCAUGUGUCCAGGUUCGAUGUCGAUUGAACGACUUCGAUGAAUAUAUUAAGAAAUAUUUCUCACGACCUAUUGAUCUAUGGGCAUUAGAUCCAAAAAAUACAACAGGAUUGGGCGAUACUAUCUUAAUCACAAAAUGUGAUGUAGAUAAACGACCAGCCAAAUUAGUGACACAUAUUGUUGAUCGAGUUAUGUUUAAGUAUGGUAAUAUUAUCGAUCCGAUCACUAAAAAACGAAUAAUUAAGGAGAGAUAUGAGGACGACAUCAACUUAGAGACAAAACUAGUGAAGGAAAUUAUCGAAGAGCCAUCUUCAUAUGAUGUAUUGUUAUUCGAAGAAAAACGGGACAUACAGUGGCGGAGGUUAAACACCCGUAAAGUGGCUAUAAGUCAACGUGAGUUUUCGAAACGGGGACGUUUACUGGCAAGACAAACGGUCAAAGAUGUUAAUAAAGAAAAGGAAGAAACAGUGGAGGAGGAUAAAGGACAGGAUAAUUAA